GUGGUGUAGUUGGUUAUCACGCUAGUCUCACACACUAGAGGUCCCCGGUUCGAACCCGGGCUCAGACAGUUUCGACUUUUUUCUAGUCAACGGCUAAGAUUCACCUUCAGACAACUUUUUUUUUUCAGACAGUGUCAGCUUACGACGUAUCCUCAGACAUAAUCUUGAAAGCCAAUCUCUGUUCCUUUGCCUCUUUCACUUUCAUUUCGGUCUGGUUACAAACCCACAUAUAAUCAAGCAUUUGGCAGAAAAAAGAAUUCCAGAAGAAAGGAAGAGUAAAAAGAGAUUGAAAUUGUGAGAAAAAAGUGAUGCAAAUUCAAUUACUCUCCGUUCCACAUUGCACUCUAACUUCUCCCCACGUUGUCACUUCCUUUUCAUCAAGACACCAGCUUGCCAAACUCGUGGGAAAUCAACAUUUCCCAUCUUGGUCUGUUGAUUCAUUCAAAAGGGUAACCAAAUUUCAAACUAGAGAAUGUGGUGGUUUGGUUAGGGUCAGAUGUGGAGUGGUGGAAGAUGAUGAUGGGUUUUACAUGAGGAGGUGUGUGGUGCUGGCAAGAAGGGCAAUUGGUUGCACAAGUCCUAAUCCUAUGGUGGGAUGUGUUAUUGUGAAAGAUGGCAAGAUUGUUGGUGAAGGGUUUCAUCCUAAAGCUGGCCAGCCUCAUGCUGAGGUUUUUGCUUUGAGAGAUGCCGGGGAUUUAGCUGAGAAUGCAACUGCAUAUGUGAGCUUGGAACCAUGUAAUCACUAUGGAAGAACUCCACCAUGUACUGAAGCAUUGAUUAAAGCCAAAGUGAAAAGGGUGGUGGUUGGUAUGGUGGAUCCUAACCCAAUUGUAGCUUCAAAGGGGGUGGAUAGACUGAGAGAUGCAGGAAUCCAUGUAACCAUUGGUGUCGAAGAAGAGUUAUGCAAGAGGCUCAAUGAAUCCUACAUCCAUCAAAUGUUAACUGGGAAGCCUUUUGUAACACUUAGAUAUUCCCUCUCUGUCAAUGGCCACCUUUUAGACCAGCUUGGGGAAGGAGUCACAGAGGCUGGCGGAUACUACUCAAACUUGUUGCAGGAAUAUGACGCGAUAAUACUUUCCGGAUCUUUAACUGAGAAGUUUUCGAGUCCUAUAUCACGGGAGCCUUGUGCCAAUCAGCCUUUUCAGAUUGUAAUAGCAAGUAAUCCAUGUCAACUUCCUGCAAUCACUAAAGAUGCCUCUAAGAUGAUAAUAUUUGCAGACAAAGAGAUAGCCACAGCAGCAGAUUUGGGUCGAAAAGGAAUUGAGACAGUGGUUUUGGAUCGGAUCGAUUUGACUUCGAUUCUGGAAUACUGUAAUCGCCAAGGGUUGUGCAGUGUUUUGUUGGAUAUGAGGGGAAGCUUUGGUGAUCUUGAACGACUCCUUAGAGAGGCUAUUGAGCAAAAUGUGUUGCAAAAGAUAGUGCUGGAAGUGUUGCCAUUUUGGGAUGAAUCAAAUGAUGGAGAAUCACUUGUGGCAUUAAGUGGUUUGGUUAAAAGACUAAAAGUGAAGAAUUUGCAAUCCAAGAUAUCAAAUCAAAGCAUUGUGGUUGAGGGUUAUCUUCAACAUAGGUGAUUUCAACAAUACAACAACUUCAUAUCGGCGCUCGUCUACGUUGGUUAUGAAAUACAAUUUAUGUAGUUUUAAGUAGAUUUAACUAUUCAUAUAAUAUAAAAUAUUAAAAUUUACGUAUUUGUGUCAUAUUUUACACGAAAAUUGAGUUAUAAUUCAUG